AUGUCUGGUGAAGAUUGUGAAGCACUAGAUAAAGGUGACAAUGAUAGCCAAAAACCAGAUAAGAUGUUUACUCUUAAGAAAUGGAAUGCUGUAGCUAUGUGGAGUUGGGAUGUCGAGUGUGAUACUUGUGCUAUAUGCAGAGUCCAGGUUAUGGCAGCCCUGAGUCAGCUCAAAACUAAUCCCAGUAUUUAUGUGCCCUCAGUUCUGAAACUUAUGUGA